AUGGCAGGCUCCAAAACUCCAACUUCUUCUAGCAAGAGACCAGUGAUAUCCCAGAAUGAUAUAUAUGUGGCACAAUGCAAACUUUGCAUGAAAUUUAGAGAGAUUGACACACAAGAGGAGUUUGAGGAGAUCCUUCAUAAAAUCAAACAAGAGCCUUUUGAUUGUAGCAAAAAGGCUAAUUGUAGCUGUGAUGAUCCUGCUGAUAUAGAAUAUGAUUCUUCUCGGACAUGGGUCAAAUACAAGCCUAACAUUCCAAAGACUCCAAAAGGGUUCAAGAGAAUCUCAGUGCUUAGAGAUGAUUACUCUAAAUUGGACUCUUACUACAUAACACCUACAGGUAAACAACUGAGAUCCCGCAAUGAGAUAGCAUCAUAUCUUAAAGAUCUUCCACAACCCAGUGGUGUAUCUACUUUGGAUUUUGAUUUUUCAUCCCCAAAGGUCAUGCAAGACACCGUCCCAGAAUUUAUUGUGAAACCGAAAGAUUUUGCGAACAAAAAAGCCAAGAUAGCUAAAGAUGAGGUUUGAGAAAUGUCAUCACAAGGUUGCUGCAUUUUGUUGUUCUUGAUGCUAAUUAUGGUUGGUUUGUUUGUAAUAUAUUAUUUCUAGAUAUUGUAUUAUGGAAAACCAAUUCAGUGGUAUUGAAAUAAAUUUAACUUUA